ACUGGUUUAACAUUGCGUGGGUUUGGUCAACGUUUUGAUUGUAAAAAAGGGGCGCGAAAGUUGUGCUACGUGAUGUGAAAACUGUCGAAAGAGUGCAGUUAUAUUUAACUUGCCGUAUAAUGAACGGGAACAGUAAUUGGAAAGAUAUAUACAAACCAAAAUUAUUAGCUUUGCAGAGUUGAAGAGAAGGGCCAGGAUGGCUAGGACUUGCGUUAUUGUUAACAAUAUUGAUUGAAAGAAACGCGUGUAAAUAUGGAUACCAAAUAUGCAGAUCGUUUUGAGUAUUUGAGCGAGAGGAAUCGUGUAAAGUUGUGUAAUAUUGAAUCAAGUCCGAAAUCGCGAACUAAAUAUAAAUGCGUUCAGUCAAGGUGCUAUAAUUUCUUAGAACGACCGAAUGGCCCAGCGAGUGUAUCGUAUCACUUUGCAUUGUUUGGAAUGGUUCUUGUUGGUUUGAUAUUUGCAAUCCUGGAGACCACAUCAUUUAAAGACAGCCAGGGUCUAUAUUCUUCUGCAUUGGUUUUGGAAGUUUUUCUGCUUUUUGUAUUUACAUUUGAAUACAUUCUUCGCAUGUGGUCAGCAGGUUGCCGAAGUACUUAUUCUGGUCUGUUUGGUCACAUUCGUUUUGCAUUGAAGCCUUUUGUUAUUGUGGAUCUCAUUGUGAUUGGAACAACAUUUGGUGUCAUUGUAUAUUCUAUCUUUCAAAUGCACUCAUUUUCAGUUAGUGUGCUAAGGUUUUGUCAAGUCCUACGUAUGAUUAGAUUCGACAGACAAGGGGACUCAUGGAAAUUGCUUGGUUCAGUUUUAUUUUUACAUAGACAGGAACUUUUAACAACAGUCUACAUUGGUUUAUGCAGUUUGAUUUUUGCAUCAUUUUUUGUGUAUCAAGCUGAGAAAGAUUAUAACUCUGAAGAGUUUGGAACAUUUGCUGAUUCAUUUUGGUGGGGCAUUGUGACAUUGACGACUGUUGGUUAUGGAGAUAAAGUACCAAAAACCUGGGGAGGACGUGCUGUUGCCGCAUUUUUCGCCAUUAUGGGAAUAUCAUUUUUUGCUUUGCCUGCUGGAAUUCUUGGAUCAGGUUUCGCUUUGAAAGUUUCUCAGCUACAAAGGCAAAAAUACGUGAAGAAACGAAGACGUCCUGCGGCCAUGUUGAUACAGUGUAACUGGCGCUACUACGCGUCCCGUAAGAACACCAAGCUUUAUGCAACGUGGCUACCUUACAUCAAAUACCUUCAGGAAAAGAAUACCAACAGGGAAGAGUGUGUUUCUGAGAAACCUAGUCAAACUAGCGCAACACGUGUUCGAAAGAUCUCUAUUUUUGGUCGUAAGGCUUCGUGUAUUUCCUCUGACGGUUUAUAUAAACCUUCGGUAAACAACAUAUACGAGCAAAGAAAGAUGAACAAAAAUGAAUUGUUCCGGUCAUAUGAUUCCUUACAUGACGGAGUCAAUUCAUCAACCUCUGAUCAACACACGGAUAGUAAUGAGAAUGGAAACGCUGGUUAUAUGGCAGAUAGAGUUGCACUGGUUACGGAUGCUGAGGGAAAUCUGAGGUUAUCUGCCGCGUGUAAACAAAGCAUUCGCUUUACUCGAUACUUGAAAUUUCUGGUUGCUUUACGAAAAUUCAGACUUGCCAAGAAACCUUAUGAUGUGAAGGACGUUAUUGAACAGUACAGUACAGGACAUGUAGAGGUUCUGGGAAAAGUGAAAAGCAUCGGGAACAAGAUUGACGAAGCGUUGAGAUUUAAAGUUGAAACAGAGAAGGUCGAUGACUCGUCAACAGGAAAGUCAAAUGUCAUUCAUCGUUUAUCAAAACUAGAGAAACAGGUGAGAACGUUGGACAUUAAAAUGGAUAAAAUGUUAACGUUACUUGAACAUAAAAACCAAACAUCUACAUUUUUGGAAGAAAACCCAUCAUAUUGUUUAUGUAGGCACACUUAUAAAAAUUGCCCGAACUCAGAAGCAUGCCCUAGCGAAGUGUCACAUCUAACCAUGGGUGAAUGUAUAACGAUGUUUUGUGAACCUUCUCGCUGGCGUAAGAUAAAUUUACUCAAUGAAGAUAUUCAAGAAAAAAGCUCUCAUAAAAUGUGGAAGCUUGAGAGUGUUGAAAGGUUUGAGGAAUGUCCCAGGGUUGGUUUUAACACGGCCAAUAAUUUACUAUCACCAAGCUAUGAAAACGAGGACAACAAAGGUUGCUUGUCUCCACAAUCUUCGUUUCAUGAUAUGUAUGAUAAUUGCCCUUCGCCAAAUCCCUGCAGCUCAGAAGAAAGCUACUCGGAGGUUGAAAAUGAACAGAAUGGGAUGGCUAAACCAGGUUGUGUUACAUUAUCAACUAACGACAUUUCUGUUCAGAAAGAUAUAUCAGAUGAAGAUAACUUUUCUAGAGAAACUAUCUUAGCUGAUUCAUUUCACAAUGAACAAGUGUACAGACAGCCAAACUUGAAUACACGAGGUUAUAACAAAAACAACAAGGGUUAUUUUGAAAUCAAAGAGGAUAACUCAUGUGUUGUUGAUAUUAAUAAUACAGGUCGUCGACAACCUCAAGAUAGUGAUCAGCUUUUUAAUUGCACAAUAUCAAACCUCCGCAACUUUGCUACUGACAAAAAGGUGAAUGACCAUUGUAAUGUCAUCACACCGUCAUCUUCAUCAAAUUUUUAUGGAAAUGUUAAUUUAUGUGGCUACGACGAAAAGGUGCCCUUUACUGAUUGUCAAUCUUUGGAAGGUAAUUCUUACUUCCCCAUUCAUGAAACUCCACAUUUAAAAGUGGAUAAAAUAGUGAAAAGUCGUGAUGAUAACAUUAAAAACAACGCGUCUUCCUCCACCAGUAGAAGUUUUUCGAACCAUGGGGAUAAUGAUUUAAAAGUGGAUAAAAUACUGGAAAGUCGUGAUGAUAACGUUAAAAACAACGCCUCUUUCUCCCCCAGUAAAAGUUCUUCGAACUAUGGGGAUAAUGAUUUAAAAGUGGAUAAAAUACUGAAAAGUCGUGAUGAUAACGUUAAAAACAACGCCUCUUCCUCCACCAGUAAAAUUUCUUCGAACCAUGCGGAUAAAGAUUUAAAAGUGGUUAAAAUAGUGGAAAGUCGUGAUGAUAACGUUAAAAUCAACGCCUCUUCCUCCAACAGUAAAAUUUCUUCGAACCAUGGGGAUAAUGAUUUAAAAGUGGUUAAAAUAGUAAAAAGUUGUAAUGAUAGCGUUAAAAACGACGCCUCUUCCUCCACCAGUAGAAGUUCUUUGGACCAUGGGAAUAAUGAUUUAAAAGUGGUUAAAAUAGUAAAACGUCGUGAUGAUAGCGUUAAAAACGACGCCUCUUCCUCCACCAGUAGAAGUUCUGCGAACCAUGAGGAUAAUGAUUUAAAAGUGGUUAAAAUAGUAAAAAGUCGUGAUGAUAGCGCUAAAAACGACGCCUCUUCUUCCACCAGUAAAAUUUCUUCGAACCAUGGGGAUAAUGAUUUAAAAGUGGAUAAAAUACUGAAAAGUCGUGAUGAUAACGUUAAAAACAACGCCUCUUCCUCCACCAGUAAAAGUUCUUCGAACCAUGGGGAUAAUGAUUUGAAGAUGGUUAAAAUAGUGAAAAGUCGUGAUGAUAAUGUCAAAAACAACGCCUCUUCCUCCACCAGUAGAGGUUCUUCUAACCAUGAGGUUAAUGAUUUGAAAGUGCUUAAAAUAGUGAAAAGUCGUGAUGAUAACGUUAAAAACAACUCCUCUUCCUCCCCCAGUAAAGGUUCUUCGAACCAUGCGGAUAAUGAUUCAAAAGUAGUUAAAAUAGUAAAAAGUCGUGAUGGUAGCGCUAAAAACGACGCCUCUUCCUCCACCAGUAGAAGUUCUUCGAACCGUGGGAAUAAUGAUUUAAAAGUGGAUAAAAUACUGAAAAGUCGUGAUGAUAACGUUAAAAACAACGCCUCUUCCUCCCCCAAUAGAAGUUCCUCGAACCAUGAGGAUAAUGAUUUAAAAGUGGAUGAAAUACUGAAAAGUCGUGAUGAUAAUGCUAAAAACAACGCCUCUUCCUCCACCAGUAGAAGUUCCUCGAACCAUGAGGAUAAUGAUUUAAAAGUGGAUGAAAUACUGAAAAGUCGUGAUGAUAAUGCUAAAAACAACGCCUCUUCCUCCCCCAAUAGAAGUUCCUCGAACCAUGAGGAUAAUGAUUUAAAAGUGGAUGAAAUACUGAAAAGUCGUGAUGAUAAUGCUAAAAACAACGCCUCUUCCUCCCCCAAUAGAAGUUCCUCGAACCAUGGGGAUAAUGAUUUAAAAGUGGAUAAAAUACUGAAAAGUCGUGAUGAUAAUGCUAAAAACAACGCCUCUUCCUCCACCAGUAGAAGUUCUUCGAACCAUGGGAAUAAUGAUUUAAAAUUGGAUAAAAUAGUGAAAAGUCGUGAUGAUAAUGCUAAAAACAACGCCUCUUCCUCCCCAAGUAGAAGUUCUUUGGACCAUGGGGAUAAUGAUUUAAAAGUGGAUAAAAUACUGAAAAGUCGUGAUGAUAGCGUUAAAAACAACGCCUCUUCCUCCCCCAGUAGAAGUUCUUCGAACCAUGGGAAUAAUGAUUUAAAAGUGGUUAAAAUAGUGAAAAGUCGUGAUGAUAAUGCUAAAAACAACGCCUCUUCCUCCACCAGUAGAAGUUCUUCGAACCAUGGGAAUAAUGAUUUAAAAUUGGAUAAAAUAGUGAAAAGUCGUGAUGAUAAUGCUAAAAACAACGCCUCUUCCUCCCCCAGUAGAAGUUCUUUGGACCAUGGGGAUAAUGAUUUAAAAGUGGAUAAAAUACUGAAAAGUCGUGAUGAUAGCGUUAAAAACAACGCCUCUUCCUCCACCAGUAGAAGUUCUUCGAACCAUGGGAAUAAUGAUUUAAAAGUGGUUAAAAUAGUGAAAAGUCGUGAUGAUAAUGCUAAAAACAACGCCUCUUCCUCCCCCAGUAGAAGUUCUUUGGACCAUGGGAAUAAUGAUUUAAAAGUGGUUAAAAUAGUGAAAAGUCGUGAUGAUAAUGCUAAAAACAACGCCUCUUCCUCCCCCAGUAGAAGUUCUUUGGACCAUGGGGAUAAUGAUUUAAAAGUGGUUAAAAUAGUGAAAAGUCAUGAUGAUAAUGCUAAAAACAACGCCUCUUCCUCCCCCAGUAGAAGUUCUUCGAACCAUGGGGAUAAUGAUUUAAAAGUGGAUAAAUUACUGAAAAGUCGUGAUGAUAACGUUAAAAACAACGCCUCUUCCUCCACCAGUAAAAGUUCUUCGAACCAUGGGUAUAAUUUGCCCGAGAUAAAAGUAGAUUUUGUCAACACUACUCGACAAGGAUGUGUAGAUGAUGAAAUGAGUUUAAAGGAAAAAUCUUGUCGAAGAGUUACUGACGAUUUUUCAACGUCACCAUAUAAAAAGCGGUUGUCAUUUAAAGAUAGUCCAAGCAUUAGGCUUAUAAUUGCAGACGAACUUCAUCCACAAAUCUUGGAGGAGAAGUUUAAAGCAUCUACGGUUUUGGACGAUUGUGUGGUGAAAAAUCCUCCAUCAACUACAUUGAAAGUAGAUAACGAUUACUGUAGUCAAGACAAUAGUCGUGAAAACUGUAUAAUUGAAGAAGACCUGCUUCCGUUGUGCCGAGAUUUUGAUGAUCCUCGUUCGAGGACUGACAGUGCAUUUUUCUCUAUUGGUUCGGAUACAAGAAAUCCAGAAGAACUGGAUGACAUGUUGAAUGAUACCGAUGUUAACAAUACCGAUAGCAUGAAAUGUGAUAAAAUUCGUGAGACGCAAGUGUAAUUCACGCUUUCAUAAUCUCAAUUUUAUAAAAGAUAAUUUCAUGUUUAAAAAAUAAUUUUGUUGAUAAUAUUUUUCAGUUAAAUUUGAACCACUAACAGUCGCUUUGACACCGAUUAUAAAAAUAUAACGUAAGAAAUGGACUUAACAGGGGUUAAAUUGAAGCUUUUGUGCCGUUGAACGAAAUGGUUUUACUGGCGAUUUUAUGUACGGAAAUGCAUUCUGCUACAAAGA